CCUUUGAGAUAUUUAUAUGCAUUAAUGAGAUCCCCUGUCAGUCUUCUCUAAAGUAAACAGGCCCAGCUCCCGCAGUCUCUCCUCAUAACAGAGAUGCUCCAGACCCCUCAUCAUCUUUGUGGCCUCUGCUGGACCCUCUCCAGUAGCUCUAUGUCUCAUACUGAGGAACCCAGACCGGGACACGGUACUCCAGCUGUGCUCUCGCUAGGGCCGAGCAGCGGAGCAGGAUCAUCUCCCUCAACCUCCUGCCCAAGCAGAUGAGGGAUGCUCUGCACCGCCCCGGCCCGAGAGACCCAUCCGUGCCCGCUCGCCGCCACUCCGGCGGGGCAGAAGCGAGAGAGCCCGUCUCGCUCCCCCCCUUCGCUGGGCGGCCCCGAGCGCAGCCCCGCCCGCGGGCGGAGCCGCCGUGACCCGGCACCGCCGGAACCCCGUGGGCGGGCGGCGGCUGCGGCGCUGCCCCCGCGCUGCGGGAGGCGGGGAACGAGCGGCCACCGCCAUGGGAGCGGAGCAGAGCGCCGAGGCCGAGAGCCGCCCGGGCGAGCCCAGCGCCGCAGCCAAGCAACGCGCAAAAAUGGACGACAUUGUGGUGGUAGCCCCAGGAACACAAUCCUCACGGAAUGUCAGCAAUGAUCCAGAUGUCAUAAAACUGCAGGAAAUUCCAACUUUCCAGCCCCUUUUGAAAGGACUCCUCAGUGGGCAGACCUCUCCAACCAACACCAAGCUGGAAAAGCUGGACCCCCAGCAGGUGCUGCAGCUGUGUCUCCGGUACCAGGAUCACCUUCACCAGUGCGCAGAAGCCGUCGCCUUCGAUCAGAACGCGCUCGUGAAGCGGAUUAAGGAGACUUAUCAAGUGACUGAUGUUUUAACUUCCCUACAAACUGUUGGUGAGCUUCAGUCCCUGGUACCCUACCAUUUGUCUGAGAUGGACCUCUCUGUGGAAACUCUUUACAGCUUCAUGCAGGAGCGCCAGAAGAAGUAUGCCAAGUAUGCGGAGCAGAUCCAGAAGGUCAAUGAGAUGUCUGCCAUCCUUCGCCGUAUCCAGAUGGGCAUCGACCAGACGAUCCCGCUGAUGGAGCGGCUGAACAGCAUGCUGCCGGAGAGCGAGAGGCUGGAGCCCUUCAGCAUGAAACCUGACCGGGAGCUGAAGUCCUAGCUGACCCGGCAGGCUGCCCCUCCUCAUCUUCCAUGCUCCAGUGUUCAGCACAGACACGCUUCCAACAGGCUGGAUUGGCAGAUGUUUGAAGCAGAUGGCAGUGCUGCCUGACUCUGCCAGGGCAUCGGAGGAAGAACGGCAUCAGCUGCCAGAACUGCACAACCAGGAAUCCAGGAGCUCCCCUGUCCUUCGUCUGGAGAAGAUGAUUUACAUUUCUUUCAUCUCCCUUCUCUUGGCCUCCUGUCUCCUUUACUACUACCACCGCCUGUGCAGAGACAUUUGUUUCAUUGCUGUUGGGGUUUACAGAGGAGGAAUUUUCUUUCAUCUGAAUUUUUGUUUUUUACUAAAAAAAUUCAAAGGGAUACAGGGUGUGACGAACCUUCUGACAUGAUUUUUGUACCACUGGGGUUUAGACGAUCAGAUGGCUGGAAGGUAUUUCUGACAUCCCCUGGCCUUGGAAAUAUGUGUGUUUUAUAGGUGAAAGUGUAAGAGCCAGGAACUGGCUUAUUAAAAUCUGCCUAUUAUCAUAAUUAACAUGGUUUGCAUUGCAGGGUUUUGGCAUGUCCUCGAGGCUCCUGUUUGUAUGGACUCACUAAUUUAUGAGCCUGUAAAGGAAUAACUGUUCUAGAUAUGUAUGUAGUUAAUGUUAAGCAAGCUUUAGUGUUCCUUUCCCCCUUGCCCUGGCAAUGUCCCCAUGCCCCAGGUGGUGGCAUUUCAUGUUCUUCUGACAGGCACUGGUACCAACCUGCUCACUUUCCAUCCCAAAGUUGGACAUGAGGUGUCUUUUUUAUUGGGACACUCCAGUUAUCUUGGUGCUGUCUUUUCUACCAGAGAGGUGCACUUGCUUCUUUACUGUCUGGUGUAUGGAGUGAAGAGACACAAUAAGUCCUUUGGGUCUUUGCACUGGCUUAGCUGCCAUUGUGCUGAGAGCUGGCCUAAGCACACUGUUUCAUGACUGAAACCACAUGGCCUUUUGGGGACUGUUCUCAACCACCUGCUCCAAAGGCAACAGGAUGUUCUUGCCUUCUCCCAAGGAAGCCAAGGGCACUGCUGGAAGGCAGGCAGCAUAUCCAUGCUGCCCGGCUGCUGGGCUGACCCACAGGAGACAGGGUAGUUGCCAAGUCUGUUGCUGGUCUGCUGGCUGCAGGCACUUGGCAGCACCUCUCUGAGCUUUGGUUUCCCCCUGUGUAAAACAGGGAUAUUUUACAUGCUGCUGUAAAAAUAUUUAUAGAUCUCGAAAUAGGGUUUAACAGCCUGCAUCACCAGUGCAUGGCAGCUCUUGUCGCAGCAGAAAGAGAAUGUAACCAGGAGUGAGGAGCCCUUGAUUUGCUGGGCCAGGGUAGGUUUGUGUCUGUUUUGUUGGACCCAGGAUGCUGUUGCUGGUGAGGAGGCUGAAGUGCCCAUGAACCCCAAGGGUGGUUGUAUGUCAGGAGUGCAGUUGCAGUGGUGAGGACGGCCCUCUUUGAGAGUCAGGGACAAACCAGCCUCCAGUACAGCACAAGGCUAGGUGACUUGCCAAAGGCAACUUGCUUUGAUACAUCUUGGUACUUAAGAGUAUUUAAUCAGCAAAAGGUUGUCUCUGAGCAUUUGGAAAUAAGAAUGCAGUAGGUUUUUGAUUAUAUUAAUUAUUGCCUGGUGGCAAGAAGCAACAGACUGUUCUCUUGUUGCAUUCCCAAAGGCCAUGUAGUGUAGAGUGAAUUUUUGUGAUGCAGACUGCAGCAAACUGAUGUGCAUCUAACCACAGUGGUGGUUGGACCACAGGGCCUGCUGAACACUGUCUGAAAGCAGAGUCCUAUAGAAAUUAAGCCCCCUAGAAUGAUGCCCUGGGAAGAGCAAUUGACUGCUUCAGAGAGGCCAAGGAACUCAGCAGGAGAUUUUUUUAGCAAAGGCAGCAGAGUAGGCCUCCUUGCCUGCUGCUCCCACCCCAGAGGUUUUACAGAGUAAUAUGUACAUAGGCAUAUGCUGUGUGUUGCAUGGGAUACAACAUCCUUGUUCAAGCUUCCUGCCCUAUUUUACACUUGGUUUGUUAAAAGCUUACAGUGUGAGACUUAACCCAUGAGAACCUGCUUAUCAUGGCCAUGGCCAGGCGAGUCGUCACUGUCCAUCAUGGAAUGUGUCCCUGCCUUCUGCCAUCAGACACACAAGAAUAUUGAACUGCUUUAAAUAGCAGCUGCAGUAAUUUUUGUCCUGUUUGUCCAAAUGAUGCUGUCUGGAUGUUUAAAAUGUGCAACAUUCAGCUGUCUGCCAGACGGGAUCAUUUAAUAUCCCACACCCUGGUGUGCUGGAAGCCUAUGCUAGUGGGAAGAUCCUGAUACUGGAUCUUAAGGCAGGGCCCUUGAGAUGUUCUCUCCUGUAAGGUUUCUAGACAUCUAGCCUCAUACCAUUAAGUAUCAGAUAAAAGCAUUGCUCCAUGCAGUGCUAAUGAGGGCAAAUGAAUUAUGUUCCCAUCUGAAGGCUGCAGGACCGAGGGCUGCAAAUCAGUUCCUUCCUCAGUUGCUGAAAAACACCUGGGCAUUGGGCUGAGAAUGAGAGAAAAUGCUUGUUCCUAGGAACACUGGCUGUGCUGCUGGGCCUCACAGGUAGAGCUUACCAUACAUCAAGGGCAGAUUGUGAAAGACCUACCAGCUUAACUAGAAAGAAAUCAGAGCUGAAACGUGAAGGGGAACCUCUUCCAAAGCUCAUACGUCAUCACCUCCGUUCCACAGGAGAGUCACUUGUAUGGGUACUGUAAGACAGCAUGCACCCUUUAACUGUUCUCAAGCAAUGGUUUACAGCUUUAUUUAAAACACUGUCAUGGCCUUCAUUAACUGUAAGUCUUUGGCCCUCUUGCUGAGGGGAAGACGUCUCAUACCACAUCUUCUUGAGCUGCUGUUUGUUGCUUGGCUGCUCCUUGUUGCCUUUGCUCUACACGCUGCUUUCAGCUUCAGGUGCAGGUGAUGCUCAGGGUGAGACUGUCGCUUCACUCCCAUGCUGCUUAGCAGGAGAUUUAUGUGACUGAAAUUACCUUUCUGCUUAUGAAUUUCCUUUUCCAAGCCAAAUGCUCUUGGAGGAGGCCUCAGGUAUCUUUCACAAAUGUGCUAGCUGUUACUUCUACCACAAAUUUAGUGCUAUGAACAGAGAAUAAUCUGGUGUGCUCCACUGAAACCAGACAUUUCUGCCCUUUUCUGCUUUCUGAAGUCGUGUGUGGUUUGGGGCACAAGGUAAGCUUCUUGAUAUGCAAUCUUCUGAAAAGCUGGGGAGGAGAGUGAGUCUCUGAGUCUGUGGUUCCCUGCUGGCCUGAACUGCUUUGGUCCUUCCCCUGACUGCUGUUGCAACUCUCCCCUUGUGCUGCCACUGGUGUUUGUUGCAUCCCACACUGGUCAGUGUGCUGCCUGUGCAGAAGAGGUUUGCUUUGUUCUGCUUUUGUAAUUGAAUGCAUUGACAGGGUGCUAAAGUGCCAACCUAUCUGCAGGGCAAUUUCUGUGAAGAUCUGGUGAAGGGGACAGAAAAGACUUUUCAGGGUUUUUUUUUAAGUAAAUGCAUUUUAAAUUAAGUAUACUGAAAUAUUUAAAGUGUGUUUUUUCCCUCCUCUAAGCUUUUACACAGAAAGAGUAGAAAUACAUGUUUUUCUCAAGCCCAUGCACUGUAUGAGCCAGCCCCUCUCUCUGACUGUGUGCCAGUGGUGUCCUGAGGUACCACUGUACUGUCCCUGUUGUUCCCAAGCUGCCAGCAUGCAUUUUGAUUCCCAGCAUUGUGGCUGAGCGCUCCAUGGUUUAUGAGUGGUUAUCCUGUUUGCACAUUUGCUCUCCGUUCAGCUCCCUCCAUGCUUACAUGUUCCACAGCUCCAGCAGUAAAACGUUUGGUGUGGCUCUUUCCCAAGUGUUUUGUUUCUCCAAUUGCCUUGCUUAUUCUUCAUUUUCAGUGCACCACUUAUUGCCGUGACCUAUGUGGACAGUGCUGAGCUUUGCUUUGUACCCAGAACCCACCUUCGUGCUGUGGACAUGGCUGGUCUCACUUGCCCUGGGGCUGCCUCUGCCCUGGGACUGUAAGGAAACGUAUCCCAGAGUGAAAAUAAAUGUUGAGUUUUCUUCCAGUACCACCCCGAUUCUGGUUGGCACUGAUGUCCAGUUUAAAUACGUGAUAUGAGCAGCAAUGCUUGGGACUCACCAGCAGUGGGGUGGGACUAUAGUUCAGCUGGCUGCCUACCUUUUCUGUGCUGGCAGCCUUGUGGAGGUGAUGAGGAUCUGGGAUCAAGGACUCAAGACUUGUGUAAGACUGCAGUUUCCCUGUGCAAAGCACUGGCAGUGUGAGACCACUGCCUGUUUUGUUAGGGCACUUGCACCUUGUGUGCACCCAGCGGCUUUCCCAAGCCUGAGUGGGCAGAUUAAACAUGAGCAGCAGAGUAUAUCCUGUUUCUUUUAUUCUUUCCUCCCACACAUAUCUUCCUGUCAAAUAGAGACCAUGUCCUGACAGAUGCUUUACAUCAGUUCUUCGCCAGAUCACAGAAGGAGCUGGAGCUGGGCAUCCUUGGACAGGCUGACUUCCAGGCUGGCCUCUGCCCUGCUGGCUGCUCAUCUCCUCCUCCCAGUUCCUUGCACUUCACUGAAUGGGUGAGACUCUGCUUUUAGCGCAAGUUUGGCCUCUUUCAGCUGGUCUGUGAUCCUUCUGUGGGGGCUGUUGGCUUGCUUUUAGCUGCCACAGUUAGGUUUUAACUUCUUCAAUACGUGAGCCUGCAUGGGACAGCCUGAUCCACAGGAACCCUGAGAUUAGCUCUGUUGGUUAGAAAGUGGUGCUAAUAAUGACAAAGUUGUGGGUUUGAUCCCUGUAUGGGCCAUUCACCUCUUGUGGGUCCCUUCCAACUCAGUAUUCUGUGAUUCUGAUUCUGUGAAGGAGAACUGCUCACCCAGCAGUCCCCAAAGCCAGGGCAGGUCUGAGGUGGUGAUGGAUGGACUCUAUCUGAUGCAGGUUUCUGUGUAAGAGUUGCUACAUCUUGUUUGUAGAAAAUAAGCACAGAAACUCACAUAGGUUGUUACUUGUGCUCUGGCUGAUGGUUUGGUUUCUUUUAGGGAGGCUAAGAAUUCUGCAUUUCCCUCUCUAGGAUUAUGCUUUGAAAUUCUCUUUUUAAGAAAAGAAAAACCUUCUGCUACUGCACCUGAGUUUGAAGAUGCUGUUACACAAACAUUGUAGUUUGUAUGAGCUAUUCUCUGAAGCAGCAAUGAGGGGCGUACUCCAAUCUCAGCAAGCAGAACUUGCUCUGCAUGCUUCAAGACUGACAGAAUCAGUCAAAACAAGUAUUUAAACAAGUAAUUACAUUAAUCUUCAAAUAAGAAGUAUGGGAGGCAAAAAAAACAAACAAACCAGGGGGAUCAUUCUAGGUAACUUAAUCCAUUUGAAAUACUUGCUUCAACAAGACUAACACAGCUACCUGAGGAACAGGUUACUCACAACUGUAUUAGACAUUGUUAAUGUGUUAAAUGCAGAGAAGUGCCACUGUUGCUCUUCAAGGGAGCAGAAGAGGUGGGGUAUUCAGGAACAGGUAAGAGGCCUAAAUGGUUACUGGUGCUAUAAAAUCGUGGCUGCUUGUUACAAGCUGCUCAAGCCAUGUAAUUCAUGAGCAGGCACAGCUGCAGAGAAGGGUAUGUAUGAUAAAGGACAAGCCCCCUGCUCGUCCUGCCUACUCAGGAGCAGGUUGUACUGCAGGCAGGUAAUGCACACUCCACAGCUCCUUCCUCAGCCCUUCAUAUAAACAGGUACCAUUUCUGAUUUUAUUUCAUCAUACAUACAGGUAAUUCUCAUGACACAACAAGAUGAGAAACUCACAUCUCUGAACCAUUUGAAUAGCUUGCCAUAAACCAAAUAUGCCAAGUAUGCCAUACACCAAUGGCCAUAGAUUAUAUUCAUAUUGAACAUGUACACAUUUCCCCUCUCACAUCCUCCACUUUGCCUUCCAGACUUCUACAAACCAUUUCCAGUAUUGUUCAGGGACAGGACUCUAGUUCAGAUACGAGCCAGGGCACCACCCUGUGUGGGACAUGGGGUUAAGGCUUCCUCCUAUGGGGACUUAUCCCCUGAAAAUACCAAGCCUACAGCUUUGAUUCAUUCAGGGACUAGAGUGUACUGGAAAUCACAAGGAGCCACAAGACCAGAUUUCAGUUCCUCAGAGGGCAAUCAAGCAAACAAACCCCAAAUACAGGAGAAGACCCAAACCCCAAACAUAGAGAAGGGGGGAACACACAUGUCUGAAGGAGCACAAAAGAUAGGAAGAAUCUGUUUCUGUCUUCAGGGAUUGAUAUGUGUUAACCCCCAUUAACUGGUUUAAAUUACAGACAUGGGCUUUUCCUGGAGGAAGCACUGUUAAACUGUUUACAUAGGUAUAUACACACAGAGUAUGUGUAUAUAUAUGCUGAAAAGUUGUAAUGUAAUUGUUUUCACCUGAUACAUAAACAGAGACAAGUGCCAGUAUGUUUAAUGAACACCUGAUAUGUGUGAUGUCAACUUGUCCCUUGCUUGGGCUACCUCUUCUUCCAAUAUCUCGUACGCACAGCCCAAACAGAGCCUCCUGGUGCUGUCUCUCUCUGCGCCUUUUGCACUUUUUAGGAUCAAGUUAAUCAAUGCUGUAGCUUUCAGUGCUAUUUUCAACAGUCCACCGUAGGAAAUUAAAGUCACAUCCUAGCCACAAAACAUAUCAAUGACAAAAUCUUCUCCACUUUUCAAUAUAGUAAAACCUGAGAUUUGAGUCACAAACUAGCUAAACUUACAGUAAAAAACCCCUAAAAUAAUCCAAGCUGCUCACUUGAAUUAGGGCUUCAGGUUGCUGCUGACAAAUUUUUUUUUAAAGCUGUUGGCCAGGGUUUAAGUGUUUGUUACAUGUGAUGUACAAUUUUCAGCUGCCUGCACUGAAAUGGGACAAAAAAAAUAUAGUUUCCCCUCAAUACACAUUUUCCGAGGGGAAGCUGGGAAAGACCGAGGUAAGACAUGUGCAGUUUCCCUCAGAGCAUGAAGGAUGAAGCUUUACACAGUGCCUCUGGUACCACCCCUCACUGACCACAAAUCUCUUGCAGCAACGCAGGCACGUGAACCAACGUGAGCAGGGCAGCCCAGCUACCGCAGGAAUGGGAGCUGGAGGGGAAGCAGCUGGGUUGCUGUCAAAAACAACAUGAGAAGGACUGUGCCUAAUCUUCAGUGAAACACCCCCUUGGCAGCAGGGAUGUGGCACCUCCUCACGUUGGCAUCUUCUCUGGAGUGAUGAGGGAGGACACGGUACAGCCUUGAGCGGCUGCAGACAAAUCACACAUCAGCAUGCUGGGAAACCAAGACCCUACACUGGGACAGAGAACAAUGGCCAGGAUCGAGUUCCUCUGAAGCUGUGAGUGUGGGAGGGGAGUGGCUUCCCUUAAUGGAAAGCUGUCCCUUCUCAAACCCCCUUUCCUUCACACACACUAUGAGAUGGGACACUGGAGCCCCCUUCUGUUUUCCUUGGGCAGCCAGCCAGACUUCCCUUUAUCUGAUGAAGUCAGCAAAACUAAUGAGAAGCCAGUCUCAAUCCAUGUUGGAAUGGAAUAAAACCCAGCUACCUGCAUUGCCCCCACCCCAUGUAGGACUGGGACCAUAAAUGAAGAGCAGUUCCUCAGUGGUACUUCUCAGUUAAGGAUAAAAGCCUACCCCAUUUUUAUCUUAAAAACCACAAAAAAACCCCAAACAAAACAAAACAAAAACAAAACAAAAAACCCCAAACCAAAAAAGCCUUCAAGAGCCUCCUAUUGAAUUAUUAACUGGCAAGAAAAGCAUGUUGUGGCCACUUGUAGCAGCCACUUGUAACCCUACCUAUCAACCACUCCAUUACAGCUUAGAAGCCAAAGCAACUACCCCUCUCCCAGAAGCCAGCUUAAUAUAAAAAAUACGAAUUAUGUAUCAAAAGACUGGGGGAAACAGUCCUAAGUAUGGUUCAUUCAUCUUCUUUUAGGCAUUGCUGCUGAACCAAUUGAAACACUUGUGUGUAGACAGCUUUAAAAAAAAAAAUCAAAUGUGGCUAGUUGUUACUUGUUCACAUUGCUGAUGAACUGACUACCAGCAUGUGGCAGCCAUAAAGCCCUAGUUUGUUUUUUAUAUUUUUGAGGUACUGUUUUUUUUUUUCUCUGAAGCAGCUCUCUAGCAAAUCACUUAAAGCCUAUCCAUUAGAACAAUAGUUACACCAGUAUUUACAUUUGUCUGAAAUGUGUGUUCAGACAAGCUUUGCUGUAACCAGUCCCUAUGUCCUUUGGAAUUGCUCCCAGUCUCCUUUCUUACAGAAAAAAGGUCUCCCUCCAGAGGUUGGCUCAGUGUCAGGGCUAAGGUGCACUGGUGAACAUAUGGGGCAUGAGGAGGGGAGAACAAAACUAGUUUUGACAGGUAGGAACGUGUUUCAGUGGAACCAGAGCAAGGUUGAUGCCAAGAGAGAUUCCUUUAUAAAACCCACUGAAAUGCUGUGCAAUCCAUUGCAUACAAUUGCUUCCUCUAUCAGGGAAAGACCUUUGAAGUGUUCUGCCCUUCUUCAGGAGAGGAGAGGAGAAAAACCCAGCGGUACAUCUGGUGUCCUCGGGCAGACGCUUGCCCGUCAUUUCUUUGCGGCACUAACCUUUUGCUGCAUUCACACUGAAGCCUCAAGGUUCUUCCCUCCCCCCACCUUUUUACACACAGUUUCAGAUUUACAGGGAUCUCUCAAAUGCUGGGGGAGCAGCCUGGAGAGGGAAGCGACUCUGAUACAGUCACACAAGCCUGCUGCUCCUCAGGACACUUCAAUGAUUUCCAUGCUGCCUGAAAAACUUGACUGACUGCCUACUUUCCCCAGUUCUUCUCUGGAUCUAUUGUCUGACAUGAUGCUCUCCCCAAACUCCAUCUGGCAGCUUCUGCGCUUAAACUGCUUUUCAAAAGAGCUUUCCUCGUGCCAGCUCCUCCUGGAGUCCCCUCGGUCCCCCUGCUUUGCCCUCCUGCGCACAGCGCAGGCCUGCUCGCAGCCUGUGGGCAGCUGGCUGCAGCUGUAGGCAGAGUAAGCGGCACUGUUCCCGUAGAUGGCUGAGGCAGAGUAGAAAUGUGAGGACUCGGCUGCAAAAUACCAGCUGUUGGUCAGGGAUGUAGCCGAUGUCUGAGGAGCCAAGAUGUCCGAGUGCCAGCCUUUGAGGCCCAGCCCAGCAGCAGACUUUGCCAAAUGCUGCUGGCUGGUGGAGAGACCAAACAAGAAGUUUGUUCGGUAGUUGUCUUCCAUGCUCCCACUCCGGUGGAGGGGGUACAGGAGCGACCGCUGAGUGGUGGCACUGCCACUGGCUCUCCCAAGAUGUUGCCAUUUGCCCUGGCUGUCCAGCUGCCACGUGUUCUGGGAUUUUUUGGGAGGGUUUGCUUCCUCUUUGUCAGGGCUGGUUUCUGGGGUCUGCUCCGACACUUCCUGGACAGGUGAGAACUGACACAACUUGCUGCUACCCUCUAAAGCAGUUGCAUGUUUGUAGUAUUCCAGGGUGUCUUCAGAGGAGGCAAAGCCCUGAACCGACGCAGUCACACAGUUGCUGCUUGAUGAGUAGGACACAGAUUUGAUGUCCAAAGAAAAAGAGCGCUUCAGCCGGUUGCUGUCUUCCACCUUAUCCAGGGAGACGUGCAGUCCAUUUAUGCCCUGCACCAGUGGGCCAUCUUCCAGAGGGGACAGGUGCCCGCGUGGGGCACUGCCACAGUCCGUGGGUUUCUGUUCCACAAUCUCGGAGGUAGCAGUGAUGCAGAGCUGCUUCAUGGAGAGGCUGCUCUGCCCUCCUUCUGGGACCUGCACGUGCUCGCUGCUUUUUUCCAAAUGCAGAAGUUUCAACUUACUAAUAUGUCCAGGUUGACCGGUCUGGUUUUUUAUCUUUUUCUCAAAGUCCAAAAGCUGGCCCAGGAAAUUGAAGUUGGGAGAAAUAGUCGGCCUCUUUUCUUUCACAAAUCUGGUAAGAAGGGACAAAAAACCAAGAAUUACUUAAAGAACCUGCUGCUCAGACCUAAGAUAACCCUCAAGCGAAUGUUGUGAAUGUCUACAGCCUGUUCUUAACUUAGCUUGGACUAGGGUUCAGUCAAGCACAAGUAACUUGAGGAUGGAGUUAAAAAAAGGCAGUUUUAAGCAAAAUAAUGCUGGAUGCUGUCAAUUGUCUCUAUAGCUACUUAAAGGUGGCUAAAAAGUGGGUGGGGAAGAAAGCAUUUUUUUAACUCUUCAGGAUGUCCACAAAUGAUUUGAGUGCAUCAUUUUCCUUAUUUACUUCAUCAGUGGGAUCUUUGCUACCUUGGUUUCUGACUGGAGUUAAGAGCUCCUCAAGUUUUGCAUGAACAACAUGUGAGCUUUAGCCAAGAGACUGUCUCCCAUGUGCUACAGAGAGUGGACACCUUCCGCAUCAUUCCAAGGGAUGACAUCACAUAUUCCUUUCACCUCUCUCAUGCUGUUGUUACUGCAGUGAGCACUUCCUACCCUGUUUAUCAUUGUCAGGCAAGACAAAGAGCCAUGAUAGAUUUUGACCUUAUCCAGCAAGUUCCAGCAAUUCCUACCCCACGCUGGUAUUGACCACUGAUAUGAUAAUUAAAAAGAAAAACAGAAAGGUGCAAAUGCAGCAUUAAAACAAAGAACAUUCUCUCAAGUCCUGUAGGUGUUCAACAGUAAAGGGCAACAGGAAAGCAAAAUCCCUAGAAAAAUUCACCUAUUUUUUGGGUCCUGUAGGAAGCAGCCUGACUGGCGCAGGUGUGCCAAUCCAAGCACACAGUCAUGUACUGGGUUGAAUAUGGAGAAGGUGCAAUGAUACUGAAAAUGUUUUGCUGAACCAGAAUUCUAAAUGUAUGAAAGACCUAAGUAAUAGAAAUCAUGUCAUAUACUUCAAAGUUAAAUACAAAAGCAUACUUCCUACCUGUCUGAUUUGCAACAUAGCUAAAUAAAUACUCUGCUUUUACAGGCUGCAAAGCAGAAAGCUGCCCAAAUCCCUCCUCCUCUGGUUUUGGGGUUUUUUUAAAGAAACAUUCCUGGACAAAAGAAUUAACAAGGGAAGAAACCUUGAGGAGCUAAAUGUAGUACAAACACACAUAUGUCACUGGGAAAAUUAAAUAUUAUUAAAAAUAUAAUCUCUCUGGGGAAGUGUACAGAAGAUGAGUGUGCAGUCAUUAAAACCAGUGUGAGAAAAAUGGAAA